UCUCUGCUAUAUGGGAAAAUUAAUAAGCUCGACUUGGGAAGAUACCAACACGCUCGGGGUCCCGCGAUAAGUAGACACGGCGUUGCUCGCGUACGUACACACACACACAUGGGAUCCGUGUGCGCGUUGCAUUACGUCUCUCGCGCGCGAGGCUUGGAUUUUAGUCCGUGACACGGUAUUACCGCGACUCGAGCGACUCGCGGAACAGUUCGCCGACUGACAGGACCGCGACUGGCAACAUCCCGUGGCUGUUGCUCGCGUCGUCGCGAGCGGAAAAGCGGAACGCGCUGAAACGAUCGCUGGCGCGAAAUGCUUGUGCUCGCCGUGUAUCGAUAUGCGUAGUCGGUAGUUGAUCCCGCUCGUGUCCGAUCGGAUUGGUAGCGAGAGCGAGCGAGUGAGCGAGAGAGAGAGAGAGAGAGAGAGAGAGAGAGAGGAAAAAAGAAAGAGAGAAAAGGAGCGAGGUCUCGCGCAGGACUUUUGGGUUCGCGAUUCGCUCUGGCUAUGUGGGACAUCGCGACGGAGCGAGUCCUCGUCGCGGCCGGAACGUCGCGGAAUGGGGCCCGUUGAUCGGGUCCGCAGCAACGGGCUUCGACGACCAUCCACGGCGGAGGUAUGGACGUGGACGGGGACGAGCAGACCCUCCAGGCGAUUCUCGGUCGUGGUGAUUUCGUCGGAGGUAUAGACAACGAGGCUCUGGAUUUUUCGCAGUUGGAGGACUUUAUCAACAGCGACAGUGAACAACCUGCAACAUACUUUGCGGACACCCUCGCGCAUAAUGAAAAUGGGGGUGGCACGGUGCCUCACAAUGGCCGGAUCGAAGCACCUACGUCGCAGCCGGUCGUUGCACAGCAGCAGCCAUCACCGCGAUUACCUUCGCCGCAGAUGACACAUCCAGUCUCGAUAGCGUGCAUUUCUGGUACUACGACGGUGCCUAACAAUAAUGGUGGCUACAAAGAUCCACAGUCGUAUGUUCAUCCGCAUGCAUUACCAGAAAGCCCACCGGAUAGCGGAAGCGAGCCACCGUACUCACCGCCGGGACAUAAUGACACUCAACACGUGCAUUCGCCACACCAAAAAGCAGCCCUGCAAGAAAUUCUCAUGCAUCACCAAAACAGCCAAUACCCGUCUAAUUUAUUGCCACCUUCUCCGAGAGCGUUGCCUUCGGCAACGACAGAUCCUCUAUUAUUGACGCCGGUCUUGACGUCUCAUCUUACAUCAGGAACACCGAGUCUUCCGACACAGCCUCAGAUAGGAUCAUCUUUGGUACCAUUGUCGCACGAACACAGUCCAGGCAUUAAUACAUUGUACUCAUCUCUGCAAUCGGCUCCGAAAAAGAGGAAACUUAGUCAAGAUGGUCUUAUUCAUGUCAAACAGGAACCUGAACUGGGUACCGUGGAGCACAGUUGCAGCAGCAGUAGCGCAGUAGUGGAUAACGAUGAUGUCGCUGACAAUAGUUACAUCGAUGCUAGUUACCAAUGCAUUCGGUUCCAUCCUUUUCAACAGACCUCUUGGCAUGUCCUCUGCGAUCAUAAUCUCAAAGAGUUACCGAUACCACAUUACAGGGUGGACGCGGACAAAGGAUUCAAUUUUAGCAACUCGGAUGAUGCAUUUGUUUGCCAGAAAAAAAAUCAUUUUCAGAUAACAUGUCACUCGCAACUUCAAGGGGAGGCCAUAUUCGUUAGAACUGGUGAGGGUCUAAAAAAAAUAAGCGGUUUUCAAUUGCAUUUUUACGGAGUCAAAGUGGAGUCUCCGUCGCAAACGAUCAGAGUCGAGCAAAGUCAGAGCGAUAGAAGCAAAAAACCGUUUCACCCUGUAACACAUCGGUGUUACAGAAUCGAAUUAGGCAACCAACGUGUCACGAAAGUGACGGUCGGCCGUUUACACUUUAGCGAAACUACGAGUAACAAUAUGCGCAAGAAGGGAAAGCCGAAUCCAGAUCAGAGGUAUUUUCAUUUGGUUGUCGGAUUACACGCCCAUACCGCGGAUCAAGCCAGUUAUCAGGUGGUUGCUCACGCAUCGGAACGCAUCAUUGUCAGAGCAAGUAAUCCAGGACAAUUUGAAUCAGAGGGUAGUGGUGUAGGUGCUGAAGGUGGAUGGCAAAGGGGAGCCGCUCCGGAUAGCGUAUAUCAUGCUGGCAGAGUUGGAAUUAAUACGGACAGGCCGGACGAAGCUCUCGUUGUACAUGGCAAUAUGAAGGUAACAGGCCAUAUCGUUCAACCUAGCGAUGCAAGGGCCAAACAAAAUGUUCAAGAAGUAGAUACGCGUGAACAGCUACGAAAUGUACAACAGCUACGCGUUGUUCGUUAUCGAUAUGCCCCAGAAUUUGCACAGCAUUCCGGUCUGGAUGUGAAGCAGGAAGACACUGGUGUCAUAGCGCAAGAGGUUCAGCAAAUUUUACCGGAAGCUGUGCUGCCGGCAGGUGAUAUCGUUCUACCAAAUGGCCAGAGAAUCGAAAAUUUCUUGGUGGUAAAUAAAGAAAGGAUAUUUAUGGAGAACGUUGGUGCCGUCAAGGAAUUGUGUAAGGUGACAGAUAGUCUAGAAACGAGAAUAGAUCAAUUAGAAAGAAUAAAUAAACGAUUAGCGAAAUUAAAAAGAGGCGAUAGUCUAAAGAGUUCCAUCAGCACAGUAUCCAGUAUAUCGGGCAACAAAUAUUCAUCUUCUAUCAAUAAGUCAUCUUUGCACGGAAAAACGAAAAGACUCGAAAGAGAGGAAGAACUUCUCUGCAGUAAUAAAUUUAUUCAAAUUAUCAUUGUUAUACUUAUUCUCAUCAUGGCUUUCUGCCUAGUUGCAAUGGCGACUUUAUAUUUCUUGGAAUACCAGAAACGUAGCAGCAUUGAAUGGCCCACUAUGGCAAGCAAUGGAAUGUUAGCUAUUGGUCCAGCUCAUCCAUCGACAGUGUCCACCAUUUCUAAUUACGAACGCCGAUAUAAUUCAUUGUUGCAUAGUACAUUAUCUCCUUUGUACACAAAACACGGAUCUUACACGAGGGGAUUAGAUGGAGGAUUAUCUGUUAAAAGUAACUCUCUGACUACACCGCCUCCCCACACGAAACAGCAAUUAUAUUCUCAGGAAAUAGCAUGGUAUCCGAUAAGCCAUCCGGGUUCUCAACCUAAGCUUGAAAAAAAUAACGAGUUUCCUGGAAACUGGCUCAGUAAAACUGGCGCGGGCGCUGUUCCUAGCAACGUAGAUGAAAACGAUCAAAGCUCAGAUGUAGAUUCUUCAUCCACUAACAAAGGUCCGAUUCCUUUAGGAAGACCCGAGGAAUGUCCCACGCACUUUACUGAGCUCGAAAGUCCAUGCCAGGUGUAUUGUUGCACAGCUGGCAUCCAUCAGUUGGAAGAUCCUCAGCCUGAUCACCCACCAGAGAAGAAAUCCAUUUCAGAUCAUUUGGAACAGCCAUUAAGCAUGUCACAUGAAGAGAAACGGAAAUUAGCUAAAGGUUUUCAAAAUGGUAUCAGUCCAUCUAAUCCUAGCACUCAAACUCUUGUGAAAGAGAUUAACUACAAAUAUUUACAUAAACGAGCGAGACGAGAAACUGGUGGAGAUUGGGGAGAAGUCGCUAGCAACGCCGCAGGAUCAUUGCCACCGGAGCCUAGACCACAAUUAAUCGUGGCAGCGAGAAACUUCAACACCUCUCUAGAUCAAAGAUAUUGUUCACCAUCAUCGUCGGAUACGCCUAACAAUAUUAGUUGCAUUAUACCUUUGUCGAAACAUAUGCCGGAUACGCAUUUAACAUUACAUUUUGUUGGCAUGCCGUGGUAUUGGCAGAUCGUGGAGCAGUGUCCCUUUUCGCCAAAUUCCAAUAUCGACGAAACAAUGAUGUGCGGCUGGAGUUACACUGUGCCGCAACAAGCUCAGUAUAUCGAAAAUAAUAAUCAACCGAGUGAUAAUCAGUCGUUUUCUCUCGACGUCGCUCAUUAUCUUAGAAAGACUUUAAAGUUUCGAAUACCUACGAUACAACCUCAAGAGAAUAUUUGCAGAAACAAACAUGGUGUUGAUUAUUUGGAAUUUACAUUGCACUUUUAUCGAGAUUGCGAUGAACAAUAAAUUUUCCUUUCUUGUACAGUGUAUGUACAAGUGUUUAUUGGUAAUGAGAAAUUUAAUGAUAAAUUUCGAAGAAUCUAACAGAAGUUAGACUUUCCAUCUUCAGAAUAAAGUCUUUGUGCCUUUGUAAUCUUUGUCCUCAGCUUUCGUAGUUUGCAGUUCACGUAUGUAUAUUUUAUAUAUCAUUGUAUUGCAUUAAACAUACAGUAUAUUAUUUACAAAUAUAAACUUAAAGUAUAUACAUGAUUUAGAAGUCUAGCUAAUAUAAUAUACGUCAUAUUGUGCAGGAAAUUUCUUUAGGUAUUACAUGUGUGAAAAAGGAUACAUGAUAAUUAUCUUAUUCAUCAUCUUAUUCAUCAAAGUAAAUAACAAUAAUGACAAAUCAAGUAG